GCGACUAUGAACUAUCUGAAAGCGACAGUUUAGUACAGUUUUGUACAGCAACAGUGAGGAGACAGACGAAACAUAUAGAUUAAAAAACGUUUCCAGAUCUAGCAGAAGCGCUGUAGGCUUUAUUAGUAAACCUGUUCAUCUUUAUGGGACUUAAUUGCAGUUCUGGGAGGAUGUUGUAUAAAACUGUUCUUAUCCUGGCAGCCGUGCAUGCGGCUUCGUCCGCGGUUUAUAACGGCAGCGCCAUCGUUAGGACCUUUGCCAGGCGAUUAGUCACGGAAUGGCCCCUGGUCACAGACGAGCCUAUAGAUCUGGACCUGCUGGACUACUACCCAAACGAAGACAGAAAUGGGCCCGGAGGCAGACUCAACCAUGGAUCCGCACCGGGACAGAGAGUUGGGUUUAUUAACGGGUCCAGACUGGGACAGGUGGAACUGGGCUCGGUCAGGAAUGUUACAGGAGUCUGGUCUUACGCUAUCUCUGUUACGGCCAACGACUUCCUGACAGGCCGUCUGUCCACCAUCUUCAUCCCGACGCUUUACACCGUCGUCUUCCUCAUCAGCGUGCCCCUCAACACUGUCGCCAUGGUGACCUUUGCCCGACAGAUCCGUCCCAUGAAGCCGGCGGUGAUCUACAUGCUGAACCUGGCGGCCGCUGACCUCCUGUUCGCCCUAUUGCUGCCCUUCAAGAUCGCCUACCACUACAGUGGCAACGACUGGGGCUUCGGCGAGGGGAUGUGCCGCCUGGUCACCGCCGCCUUCUACUGCAACAUGUACUCCUCCGUCCUCCUUAUGACCUGUAUCAGCGUGGACCGCCUGCUGGCCGUGGCCUACCCCAUCAACUCCCUGGCCUGGAGGAGUCCACGUAACGCAGCCCUGGCCUGCAGCUCCAUGUGGGUCCUGGCUGUGGGCGGCUCGCUGCCCCUGGUCCUCUCACAGCAGACGGUCUACUACGACCCACUGGGCAUAACCACCUGCCAUGACAUCCAGGACCUGAAGCUGUUAGAGGGGCGCUACCUCUUCUUCUUCCCCAUUCUUUCCUGCACCCUCUACUUCCUGCCGCUGUUCAUCACGGUGACCUGCUACACCCGGGUGGUGCAGGUGCUCAACAGGGCUCCACACGGCGUCAUAGGUCGUUCAAGGCAGAAGGCACGGGCAGUGGUGAUGGUGGUCAUCGUGCUGGUGGUGUUUGUGAUCUGUUUCACGCCCACCAACGCCAUCCUUCUGGCUCACUACCUCCAGAUUGGUGGGCGGGUGACGGGGGAGCCGGACGCCACUCACGUGGCCUACCUGGUGUCUCUGUGUGUGGGGAGCAUAAGCUGCUGCCUGGACCCCCUGGUCUACUACUUUGGCUCGUCCCGGUGCCAGAGGCAGCUUGCGGCGGCUCUGGGGUGCCGGGCGGCCACAGAGGGAGGAAAGAAUCUGGCCUCAUCCUCUGGUUCUUCCAGCACCAGCACCAGCACCAGGAUAAGUAAGGUGGAUGCCUUCCAGGCCAGCCUCAGCAGCCAGUACAAGAAACUCCUGGUCUGAUGGAUGGAGACACAGAGAGCUGUUUCUGAUUAAUUUACUAAAGUGAAGAAUAUAUAUUUCAUUGACUGAAGUGAAGAUUAUAUAUUUAGUAUGUACACUGAGUAUACCAAACAUUCGGGAACACCUUCCUAAUAUUGAGUUGCAAUCCCACCCUCUUGCAUUUAGAACAGCCUUAAUUCAUAGGUUGUCGACUCCAAUGCUUCCCACAGUUGUGUCAAGUUGGCUGGAUGUCCUUUGGGUGGCGGACCAUUCUUGAUACACACAGGAAACGGCAUGAACAAAUAUAGCAGCAUUGCAGUUGCUAACACAAACCGGUGCGCCUGGCACCUACUACCAUACCCUGUUCAAAGGCACUUCAAUCGUUUGUCUUGCCCAUUCCUCUGAAAGGCACACAUACACCAUCCAUCUUUUAAUUGUCUCAAGGCUUUGCCUGUCUCCUCCCCUUCAACUACACUGAUCAGUCAAUGUCAUGGAAAGAGCAGGGGUUCUUAAUGUUUUGUACACUCAGUGUAUUUCCCCUUUUUCAGACAGUGUAUAUAUGGUCUUAAAGAUAGCCAUGGAGCAAGCUAGGUUUUUUUCUGAGGAGAUGGAAUGGAUUUGGGUUCGUACGUUGAAUUCAGUCAGACGUUCAUCUGUAGCCUGUGACUCCUGGGCCUGGUUUAGCUAUGCCCAACUAUAUGAAGAAGAUACAUUUUUUUAACCGUUUAUUUAACUAGGCAAGUCAGUUGAGAACAAAUUCUUAUUUACAAGGAUGGUCUACACUGGCCCAACCAGUGCAAGAAGCUGCUGGUCUGAUUGAUAUGGAUCAAAGCUGUUUCUGACCUGAACCCAACCACCAAGAAGGUACAUUAGGGUGAGAGAAAAAUGAACAUUUCCAUGUAUAAAAAUGUAAUGCAUGAUAAUGUAUACCAUCUUUAAAUUUGUAUCUUAAAUAUAUUUCCCGUUGAAGUUGCUAUUCUUGAAGUAGGUUUAUGGUCCCCAAAGCAGUGUCUACGAAGUUUGAUUGUUUGUGGUAACGGAAUUACAAAGGGGUCUUUGUUCAAUCGUGUAUUGUACCAUUUCUUAAAAGAACACUGUGGACAAUACAAGGAAAUGCUUUUAUACGCAGGUUUAGUGAGCUCACGUCCAUGCCUGUAGUGUAGGAUCUGUUUCUGUUAACAUUUACCAUUUUUUCUAUGUACAAAUAUUUACUCGGCAAUGUGAAAUGUAUAGCCUAUUGUCAGUGUUGCAUAGAAAUACCAUUGCACAUAUAUUAAAUUGCUACAAUAACUUUA